AUGUAUCUGACGCCGCUCGUCGGGGCGUACAUUGCCGAUUCGUACCUCGGACGCUACAAGACGAUUCUCUACUCAGCCGGCCUAUACCUGCUGGGUAUCGCUAUGCUCUUUGCUACGUCUUUUCACGCGGCCACUCGGGCUCACGCCGGUUUGCCCGGCCUUAUCAUUACCAUCAUCUUCCUAGGACUGGGCACCGGCGGAUUCAAGCCCAAUAUUGGACCGUUGCUGCUCGACCAAUAUCCCGAGAAGUUCCAAAGGGUCAAGACACUCAAGAGCGGAGAGCGUGUCAUAGUGGACCCUCAGAUAACCAUCACCAAUAUCAUGUACAUCUACUUUAACCUGGCUCUGGUUGGAUGCCUAUCCGGGAUACCGACAACCUGGCUUGCUCUCAAAGUUGGGUUUUGGGCCGCGUUUCUGCUUCCGCUCUGUGUGUUUGUCGCCUCCAUUCUGCUGUUAGUGUCUGGCGGAGGAAAGUACGUGGAGGCAAAACCUGAGCCCGUCCUAGGCCACGCAUUCAAAGCCGUGGUCAUCGCCAUUCGCCAUGGCGGCAAGAUGGAUGCUGCGAAACCGUCCGCCCUUCGGGCCCAAUAUGGCGCUUCGGACGUUCCGUACGAUGACGAGUUUGUCGAAGAGUUGAAGAGGGGCUUCAUCCCUCAACCAAUUGCCUACUUGUGCUACCUGCAAGCGACAAACAAUCUAAUCUCUCAGGCCGCGACAAUGGAGACUCACGGCCUUCCCAACGACAUCCUCUACAACUUCACCCUGCUUUUCGGCAUCGUCAACACUUAUCUGAUCAGAGCCUUCCUUAUACCAUUUCUGCGCCGAAAGAAUAUUCCGUUUGGACCUGUUCGACGAAUGACCACAGGGUUCAUCUGUGGAGCCACUGGCAUCAGCUAUGCCGCGAUAGUGCAGAAGAUUGUCUACUCGGCAGGCCCUUGCUACGACGCACCGUUGAACUGCCCAGCAUCCGAGGGGGGCCGCAUCCCGAACCAAGCGAAUGUCAUGCUGCAGCUACCCGUGUACCUUGGUCUUGCGACUUUCGAAGUACUGGUGCAGACAGCGACAUUCGAAUACGCAUACACGAAAGCACCUAAGAGGUUGAAGGGCUUCGUGACGGCCAUGGUCAUGCUAACAACCGCAGUCGCAUCGGCCCUCGGCAUUGCCGUUUCCCGUACCGCUUACGACCCUGGACUGAUUACCAUGUACGCGUGUCUGGGCGGCGCCUUCUUUGCUUCUACCAUCUUGUUGUGGUACUUUUUUCGCAACUAUGAUAAGCUCGAGAAUGACCUGUUCGCCCUUGAUGUCAAGGUUGAUGCGGCACGGGCAGAGAAGGAGAAGGGGGUACACCUCGAGUAG